CCACUCAUGCUCUCUCCCUCUAAAAUGAACAUUAAAAAAAAAAAGUUUUCUCCAAGACCACACCCAAGAGACUAAAAGAUUAAAUUGUGUAGUGUACAGUGAAGCCAUAGACUGACGCCCUCCUCCAGGAGUGGGUAGACCUCAGAGACAUCUUUCAGCAUCAUCUGUUCUCUCUUCUAGUUCAGGCUCCCUGUGCAACAUGUUGGUUGAUUGAUUAGUCAGCUUCCCAGGUACUUUACCAUUAGAAGGCAUGUGCUGGGUCACUGUUACUAUAGAACUUGGUAUUCACGUUUGCAUCAGUCCAUCUUAGGGACCAUCGUUCAGUUUCCUUUAAGAUCCAAGGAGCAGAGACAACACUAUAAUAAUACUCCCUAACAAUUUCCCUCUACCUAGAAUCUUCACAGUUUAGCCUAAUGACAUCUUUUGCAGCUAAAUGAAUCCACAGUGAAAGAAGAGCAAGAGGUCUACGCUAGUAAAACUUCUUUAAAGGCUUAUUUUCAGUGCAUUCCAUACCCAGGUACAGUUGACUCUUGAACAACACAGGGGGUUUAAGAGUACCGACCCCCUGCACAGUUAAAAAUGUGCAUGUAAAAAAAAUUUGCAUGUGACUUUUGACUCCCCAAAACUUUACUAAUAGCCUACUGUUGACAGGAAGCCUUCCUGCUAAUGUAAACAGCCGAUUAGCACAUAUUUUGUCUGUUAAAUGUAUUAUAUGCUGUAUUCAUACAGGAAAGCAAGCUAGAGAAAAGAACAUGUUAAGAAAAUCAUAAGAAAGAGAAAAUACAUUUAGAGUGCUGUACUGUGAAAAAUCCACACAUAAUUGAAUCACAUGUUCCACCUGUGUUGUUCAGGGUCAGCUGUUCUGUUAAUAUGUGAAAUCGUCCAUUCUGGGCCUCAAAUAUGAGAGGAAUAAAAGUCAUUCUGAAUGGUACAUGCAAGUUUUCUCAAGAGAAAUAUGUGUGUCUCUGGUACAAGUAAUAGAAAUGUUAUUUUGAGGUUGCCACCAGUUCUAACCUUGAUUCAUUUUCCAAAAAAAAUCUCGAGAAAAUGAGGAUCCUUUGACAGGCCCUCAUUUGAAAGCUGGGUAAGCAGGUAUAGAGAGCUGGGCACAGUUAAACAGUGACGGAACCAGGAGCGGAACUGGUGUGUUGAAAUCUGUCCCGUUCAGGCCUUAGUACUUGGCUGUGCCACAAGGCGUCCUUCAUUGUGUUUGCUGUAAAGCUUUGUCUUUCGAGGGCAGAUUUAAUUUUUGAAAACCACUGAAAGACUUUGAGAGGCUGAGUCAACAGAUAGGUGAUCAGAUUUAAUAAUUGCAAUUAGUCCAAAAUGGGUUGGCUUUAACGAGAGUGUUUUCCUUGAGUGUUGUGGCUAAAAGUCUAUAAAUGUAUUUUCAAAACUAAACCAAAAAAAGGACAACAGAGAAUGAUGGAAUUAGAAUAUCCAUUUGCUUUGUUUCACACCUACACAACAGUCCCACAAUAAUAACAAUACAAACACUACCACUACUAAUUAUGAUCUCUGAAAACAAUUUACAGGUUUUUAAAUUUUAUCGUAUUUUGAUUUUAGUAAUCUGUGCACCCAGUAUGGGGCUCAUACCCAUGACCUCGAGAUCAAUUGCGUGCUCUUCCUACCGAGCCAGCCAGGCACCCCAGUUUAAAAUUUUUAAAUUGAAUAUAUAUUUUUAAAUAUUUAUUCUUGAGAGAGAGAGAGAGAGAGGAAGACAGAAAGAAUCCCAAGCAAGCUCCACACUGUCAGUGUAGAGCCCGACGCGGGACUUGAACUCAUGAACCACAAGAUCAUGACCUAAGCCGAAAUUGAGUCAGACGCUUGACCCACUGAGCCACCCAGAUGCCCCUAGAAUAUAUUUAAAAAGAAAAAAAAAAAAAAAUUAAAUAAAUAUAUUUUCGUCAUUGUGGUCCCUACUCCCUGCCCCCUUUCUCAGCUGUAUUAAAUCUUUGUAAGUUCAUUGUGGGAUCACAUAGCCGUUAUAUAUUGUACUCUCUCAACCUUAUUUAGACUUGAUUUUCUAAGUAGCAGUAUAUUUAAUGCUUACCACCCAUCUUAUAUCAAAGUCCUACCAUUUUGGUCUGAAGUCAGUGCUCUAGUUCCAGAGGUGGCAAAAUUUUUCUGAAGAGGGCUGGGUAGUAAACAUCUAGGCUUUGAGAGCCAAAAGUGAUCCUAGUCCAUAUUGUGUGUGUGUCUGUGUAUGUUUUUAACAACCUUUAAAACCAUUCUUAGCUGGAGGACUGUGCAAAAGUACCUCUGGCUGGUUUGUCAGCCCCGCUCAUUUGCUCAGGAAGGGCUGAUGGAGUCCGUCAAUAUUCCCAUGUUGCUAGAUAUAAAUUCCUUGCACACAUGUAGAUGAGCCAUAUAUAUAAAGUUUGAGUUAUAUAUUUCAAAUAUGCAACUUCAUUUUCUUCUGGCAUAAAACUUUGCAAUUGAAGUCUGAUGAUACUCUUAAUUUACUUUCCUUACAAGUUAACUCGAUGUUUUUGCCUAGAUGCCCAAGGGAUUUUCUUUUUCUUUACAGUCCAGUUGGUGUUGCUCAUUCUGGGUUGAUAUUCUCAGUGUGCUCCAUGGGACACGGCACGAGCAGGCUCUAUAGUGCUCUCGCCAAGACACUGAACAGCAGCACUGCCUCCCAGCACCCGGAGUAUUUGGUGUCACCUGAUCCAGAACAUCUGGAGCCCAUUGAUCCUAAAGAACUCCUGGAGGAAUGCAGGGCUGUCCUGCACACUCGACCCCCCCGAUUCCAGAGGGAUUUUGUGGACCUGAGGACGGAUCACCCCAGCAGCCACCCACCUAUUAGGGUCAUGCAGUGGAACAUCCUUGCCCAAGCUCUUGGAGAAGGAAAAGACAACUUUGUGCAAUGCCCUGUGGAAGCACUCAAGUGGGAAGAAAGGAAAUGUCUCAUCCUAGAAGAAAUCCUGGCCUACCAGCCUGAUAUAUUGUGCCUCCAAGAGGUGGACCAUUAUUUUGACACCUUCCAACCACUCCUCAGUAGACUGGGCUAUCAAGGCACAUUUUUCCCCAAGCCCUGGUCACCUUGUCUCGAUGUGGAACACAACAACGGACCAGAUGGCUGUGCCUUGUUUUUUCUCCAGAACCGAUUCAAGCUAGUCAAUAGUGCCAAUAUCAGGCUGACGGCCAUGACACUGAAAACCAAUCAGGUGGCCAUUGCACAGACCCUAGAGUGCAAGGAGUCCAGUAGACAGUUCUGUAUCGCUGUCACUCACCUAAAAGCACGCACUGGCUGGGAACGAUUUCGCUCAGCUCAGGGUUGUGACCUUCUCCAGAACCUCCAAAACAUCACUCAAGGAGCCAAGAUUCCCCUUAUCGUCUGUGGGGACUUCAACGCAGAGCCAACAGAGGAGGUCUACAAACACUUUGCUUCCUCCAGCCUCAACCUGAACAGUGCCUACAAGCUGCUGAGUGCUGACGGGCAGUCAGAGCCCCCGUAUACUACCUGGAAGAUCCGGACCUCAGGGGAGUGCCGGCACACGCUGGAUUAUAUCUGGUAUUCUAAACACGCUCUGAGUGUGAGGUCAGCUCUUGAUUUGCUCACCGAAGAACAGAUUGGACCCAACCGGCUACCAUCUUUUAAUUACCCUUCAGACCAUCUGUCUCUAGUGUGUGACUUCAGCUUUAAUGAGGAACCUGAUGGACUUUUAUAAAUGCUCGUCUGUGUCUUUUUCAUCACAAGAAGUCUUAACCAGGGAUGUUUCAGGAAACUGAAAUAGGAUAAAAAGUUGCCUGAGGAAGGAUUCCCAAUUUCUUUUACAUCAUUUUCCGUGUUUCCAGCAUGCCCUUGGGAACCCAGGAAUCCCAUUAGUCCACAAACCUUUUCCAUUAAAACCUAUAGCAAAAAAGGUGUUUGCACUCCAGUUUUGGCUUGUAUUGUUUUCUUUCCCUUAGCAUUACAUUUUGAUCAUUUAAGGGUAUUUCAAUUAGGCUUGUUUUGUAGCUUUUUUCAGUUUAAGGAUGCUAUAUAAAAACAGACUUGCUUGAGUCCUCCGUAGAUAAUAAUAAGUAUACAGGAGCAAUUUCUCUAGAUAGCAUUUCCAGUUAUUUAUUUGUGGGUUUUUAGAAUGCCAACAAGAUAUGCAUGGCAAUAUUUAUUUUUUUAUAUCUUCAUGUAAGAUGAAGUAAAUAAGAACAUUAUGAACAUUUUAAACCCUUGCAUACCAUAAGUUAUAGAGUAAUUUAUAGUGAUUUUCUUAAAUCUCUAAGAUAUUUUUACUUCAGGUCUAACAGUAGCCGUGUACGAAGGGACUAUUUAGCCUGAAGGCAUUUUUUUGUUAUUUAAGUGACAAUAUCAGGUUUCCUUGAUGCAUUCUUCAUAAGUAAUGCUUGCUAUGCCUCCAUGUUCCCAUAAUUGUGUUUCUUAAAGAGAUUCCAUGGUCAGUCAGUCUUCACUAUUUAAUCACUGUUUUGCAUUUAUCGUUUUCCAUUGGAAUGCUAUGGUAUAUACAUUUGAAGUCACCCAGUGUCUAUUUGUAUUGGACUGUGCUUUUUCACAAUUAGGAACUGUUAUGUGGCAAUAGCUAAGAAAGUAAGUGGGACCUGCUUUUCAGAGACGGGAAAGUAGAAAGCCUAUUAACGAAGCUGUCAUUGAAAUUUCCUAAGAUAGCCAGGUGACUAGUUCAAAACAUCUAGAAAGAAGAGUAUAAAAAGUCUGAAAGAUAACCUGGAAUUCUCUUCCAUAGGAAAUAAAAGUGGUAAAGAUAACAGGCGAAGCCCCCUCCAAACAAAAUCCCAACAAAUAACCUAUUGGUAAUAAACUGGUAAAUAUUUUAACCCAUGAGUUGUAAAUAUUUAAGAAUAAUAAAUGGUCUUUUAAAGCUA